AUGGCUGAACAGGUUACUAAACCAAAUGAACUGGUAUUCUGCAACUGUAUAGGAACGUAUUUGAAGCAUCUGGUUAGUACAUCCUGGUUUGAGGGUUGCAAGAAAGCCUUUUCCAGACUAGAAAAUCUCAAGAUUCACUUAAGGAGCCAUACGGGUGAAAAGCCGUACCUUUGUCAGUACCCUGGCUGCCAGAAAGCAUUCAGCAACUCCAGCGACCGCGCCAAGCACCAGAGGACACACUUGGACACUAAACCUUAUGCAUGUCAGAUUCCAGGAUGUACUAAACGAUACACAGAUCCAAGUUCCCUGAGAAAGCAUGUGAAAGCCCAUUCUUCCAAAGAUCAACAAGCCAGGAAAAAGUUGCGAUCAAGCUCAGAGCUUGGCCAGGACAUCCUGAAUGACUGCCUUGCAAUCCAGCCCCUGCAGCCAGCCCCGUCACCACAUGAUGCUACAGAUAAUACCAUGGGACACUCCCCGGGCCCUGCUCAUGAUAUUUAUCCAGCGGCUGUGUUCCCCAGCACACAGACAAAUCGAAGUGGAACAGCAGCUGGGGCAGUGUCCUUGUCCCACCCCAGUGGCCACCCCUCCCCAGGACGUAACAUACAGGGUAGUCCUCUCCAUCCUCCCCCCCAGUUACCUCUUCUCUCAGCUGUGGACUCGGAGAGGUUUGUUGCACCAGCUCCUUCUCCUCACCACAUCAGCCCCCAGAGAAUUUCAGUUCCGCAUCACAUGAUGCAGAGACAGACUCCACAACCUCCCCACCUUCAACAGCCUGCAGCGAUGCCUCUGAAGACAUACCAGUCAGCAGCAGCAAACCCUUCUUUUCAACCAAAUAGCCUCCACAUCCAAGGUUUUUAUGGGCAGCUUCAGACUUUCUGCCCUCCACAUUAUGCUGACACUCAGAAGAACGUACAACAUGGCAUCUCUUGCAAUAUGGUUCCUCCUUUUGAAGACUGCUCAGUUCCCACGUCAGUGGGCCAGGCAGGGCUUGGCAUUUUCCAUCGAACUUUUUCAGCUCAUUCUGGUAUUACAGUUUAUGACUUUCCAACAGUGUCCACAGGUGUCUUUGGUGAUCCAGCUCGCAGCAUGCCAGAGGAUAGCAGCUUCCUACAAGUAAAUGCAGUGGACCGUUGUUCUAGCCAGCUUUCUUCUGUCUACACCGAAGGCUAA